GCACACGGUGAUGGAAAGUUCGUUUAAUAUAUAAAUAACUUAACAGAAGCAGACAACAUUGUUGUCAAGGUGCACAAUAAUUGUCUGCACUGACUGAAGUUGACUUGUAAAUUUGACCUAUGAAGGACUGUCCUGAUAUUCGGCAACGGCUUGUGUACAAAUAUCCAGCCGAGCCGAAUCUCAGCCCAGAUUACUACCAUUAGCCAUGGUUCUUGUGUGUAAGAUCACGAUCACUAUUUUCAUAUAAUGCUUGAAAUUUAGGUUCGAGAAUGGGAAAAAAUGUGUUGGGGUCGACAGAAAUUUUUAGGGUCGGUCGGGAAAGUGGAAACCAACAUAUAUUUUUUGGCCUACUGUAUAUACAUGCAAAUACUAUUUGAUAUUCAUGUAUGAAAUGUAUUCCAAAAUCAUUAUAUACAUCGCUAUUGCAUGUGUUCGAAUUAAAAACCAAAUCUAAAUUUAGCGUAUUUCAUACAGGUAAAGAUAUUUUCCCAAAACAGAACAUGGGUCGACGGAAGAGAACACGAUCAUACGACUCAUACCGCCAGUUCAGACCAAAACGACCGCGAGAGAAAAGCCCUUUCAAUUUUCAUACGUACACACAGUAUGUUAGACAGCAAGAUGUAAGAGAGGAAACUGAAAUUACAGAGGAUAUAUCUGAUAACGAACUUCCACAAGACACCGACGAGUCAUCGCCAAGUGAACUAGAUGAUGUCAAGGACACGCUUAGCUCCACCGGAACAUUAGAAGAUAGUGACGUCAAACGCAUUCUCCACCACUUGGUAGCGGUCUUUGACAGCAAGACAGAUUCUGUACGUUCACUUUUAGUGAAAUAUGACUUUUUCCACAGGUCUGAUGUUUUUUGUAUGGUGACAGAAUCAUUGAAAUCAGCAAAUGAAGACCCAGAAGAAUGGCUGGAAAACUUAGUGCUUCUCGUUAUAUCGAUUGCAGAACAAAGCAAUAUCAGUAGCAGAUACACCAAAACUAUAUUAGGGCUUCUUUCACAGACAAAAUGCAUCAGAGAUCCAGUAAUCAAGGACCAGAUAAAAAAUGCUAUCGCCGCAUUGCAAAUAAGAGAAAACCUUGAAAAUCUCCAAGAUGACGGGGAUUCCCAAAUCAGCCUGUCUAUCGAAAUAAAGGAGGAGCUGCGGGGUUUAGUCAGCUUUCCUAUUCUACCCACGGCACAGAUGAUACGUUUGAACCAGCAUCUUCCAAUUUUACCUCGAGCCUUAAAGGAGUCUCACAAAAGCCCUGCUCAUUACUUAAUCGAACAAUAUAGUCUCUUUCUCGAAGAUUUCAUUGGCCCAUUACGCAAAGGGAUUGGACACUAUAUGGAAUACGUCAUGUCAACGGAUAAGAAGGAGAGGUUUAAGGACGACAAUAUCCGGAUAUAUAAACGAAUACGCCUUCUUGAUGACAAAUGUGUCCCUGGUUCCGGCGUUGGUUUAGAGGUGCAGUUUGACAUGAACAGUUUCAAGAAGAUUCGCUGGGAUUGUUGUAGCUUUUUGCAAUAUGGGAAUCUCGUCUGCUUGACCUAUGAUAACUGUGACGUAUUAGUAUAUGCAUUGAUUGCAAACCGAGAUCUGAGACAACUGACAGAAGGGAAAGUCUUAUUAAAGAUCUUGAAUGAUGAUCAACAGAGUAUCAACAAUUUAAGACGAGUACAAGAAAGCCGCCUCGUCAUGAUUGAAAGCAAAUCAUUUUAUAUGGUUUAUGAUCACACACUGAGAUCGCUGAAGGAUAUGGCACUUAGAAUGCUGGACAAAAAUGAAAAUAUUCCAUUAGCGAAGUAUUUGGCUCAUCUAGAUCCAGAAGUCUUGGAACCUCUUUACACACGUGAAGAGAAUUAUAGUGUAAAAAGGGUUAAUUUUCGGUGUUUAUUGACGCGAGAGAAACAGCAAUCAACACCAUACAUGAUUGUUCCUAUUCUUGAUGUGGAAAAAUGGCCAACAUCGGAAGAAAUGGGUCUCAACGAGUAUCAAUAUCAAGCGCUCAAAAUGUGCCUGACCAAGAGAAUUGGUAUCCUUCAAGGCCCGCCUGGGACCGGGAAAACUUGGAUGGGAUUACGAAUAAUGAAAUUUUUACUCGAUAACAAAAGAGUUUUAGAGAGAGGAGAGAGACGACCUAUUUUGUUACUCAGCCAUACCAACCACGCACUCGAUCAGUUCUUCGAAAGAGUGUUGGAUUUAGAUUGUCACAGUCCUCGUUUUUCAGAUAAGAAUAGACAGAUGCCUUUUGUUAGAGUAGGGGGUAGAUGUGCAAAUGAGCGAGUUAAUGCAUUCUCACUGAAAGAACACAGAAAGCGAGACCGAGUGUGGAGUGACAACAGAUGGCGUAUCAAAAAAUCAACAAAAUACGUCAAAUACAUCGAUGCGUUUUGUAUUUUCUUACAGCAGGGCAUCGUGUCAUUAGAGUUUUUAGAAGAACGGAAUGUCAUACAUUAUCGGCAUUUCUGGUCCUUGAAAAAUAACUUUAGAUUGCAUAAGCAUUUCCUCCGUUAUGAGGAUGCUAUUCUUAUAGCUUGGCUAUGCAUUCCUCAUGCUGGAACCAAUCUGAACAGUUUUCUCAGUAGAAUGCAUCAACCACAGGAAGUAGAUACAGCGGAAUUGGAUUAUUUAUUUAUACAAGAAAAUCAGAAAAGAGUUCUUGAUGACGAUGAUGAUGAAAGCGAAAUACUUGAAGCUAUUUUCUCCUCUUUUGUACUUACAGAAUGUACCAACAACGUAAAAUGUAACACACGGCCUCGUUUGCCUUUUUGGCAGAAGCUUUCUACUGAAAAGAGCAAAGUAUUGAUGUCAUAUGUUAAAAGAAAUCUGCGCAACAAAGAUGAUGUUAUGCCUUUUCAGAGCGUGCGACGUAUUCAAAACGUAUGGAAUCUUAAUCUCGGAGACCGCUGGAGACUUUAUAGGUUUUGGAUUAGAGAAGUUGCAAUACAUUUUCAAAGAGAAAGAGAUGUUGUAGUUUCUCAUUUCAAUAGAACAAAUCAGAAUGAAUCAGAUCUACGAUUCAGACAAAACCUGCGUAUUCUGAGUUCCUGUCAGAUGGUAGGAAUGACGACUACUGGCGCCGCGUCAAACAUGGAGCUUUUAAAAGCGGUACAACCACGAAUUGUAGUGGUGGAGGAGGCUGCUCAGGUUCACGAACAACACAUUCUUGGCUGUUUGACGAAGGACAUACAACAUCUGAUUUUGAUUGGUGACCAUCAGCAGUUGCGUCCUACAAUAAAUAAUUAUGAACUCAGGUGUUCCCACAAAACAGAUGUCUCAUUGAUGGAGAGACUUGUCAUGAAUGGUUUUCCUUUCCAAUGUUUGACUCUGCAGCACAGAAUGAGACCAGAAAUAUCAUGCUUGCUGACGCCAGCAAUUUAUCCAUCUCUUCAAGACCAUUCAACAGUUCUGGCAUAUCCGAAUGUAAAAGGGAUGAAGCACAGCAUCUUUUUCAUCGAUCAUCAAAAUCCUGAAAACCAGACGACCCACUCAACCAGUUAUACGAAUGACUUUGAAGUUGAAAUGAUAGCGGAGCUGUACAAAUACCUUAUUUUGCAGGGAUAUGCAGAUUCAGAUAUUACGAUUUUAUCUGCCUAUAACGAUCAAGUUAGAAAAAUCAGGAAAAGAGUGUCUGAGAUUUCCCAACAAAUAGAGAUGCACAGAAAUCGAUGCAUCCAGCAACGAGUCCACAUCACAGCAGUGGAUAAUUUUCAAGGAGAAGAAAACAAAAUUAUCUUAUUGUCUCUUGUUCGCAGUAAUAAGAACUGUAAGUUAGGGCAUCUGGGUGAUCCUCAAAGAAUCUGUGUUUUGUUGUCAAGAGCCAAGGAAGGGUUUUAUGCUAUCGGUAAUUUUCAGAUGUUGUAUGACCGCGGAAACAAUCUUUGGAUGAAGGUCAUUACAAAAGCAAAAGACAAGGGUAUUUUGGGAGACGCGAUACCUCUCUAUUGCGAGAACCAUCCUGAAAAGGUCACUAGUAUUUCUAUUCCACAGGAUUUUGAAAAAGCCAGAGAUGGUGGAUGCGAUCAGCCCUGUUCUACGCAGCUUCAGUGUGGACAUAUUUGUGAAAAGAGAUGCCACAUUGGCAACUCCGUUCACGAAAGCGAAUGUCGAAAACCAUGCCUUAAGAAACUGUGCGAUGAGGGACAUCUUUGUCCUAAGAAGUGUUAUGAGAAAUGUGGGCCGUGUAAGAAACAAGUGAGGAAACAAUAUUCCACUUGCAAGCACGAGGUACGCCUUCCUUGUCACCAAAAUCUCGAAAAACCAUGUGAAGCAGAAUGCGCAAGAGAACGAAAGUGCGGUCAUCCGUGUAAGUUGAGUUGUAAUAUAGAUUGUGAUUCAUCUCCAUGUCAAGUGAAGGUAAAAGCAAUACACCAAAAUUGCCAUCAUGAAUCAACAGUAAAAUGUUGUGAUAAGGAGAAUUUUACAUGCAAUGUCAAGUGCAAGAAAACUCUUCAGUGUGGUCACCGUUGCCAGGGUAAUUGUAAUAGUUGCUCAAAUGGGAGAUUGCAUAUUCCUUGUAAAAAUAGUUGUUCGCGUGUGCUUAUCUGUGGACAUGUAUGUGAUUAUUCUCACAUUUGUCAGGAUGUGUGUCCUCCCUGUAAGAAAGAUUGCGAAAGAAAAAAUUUGCAUAACAAAGAAAUCCCCGGUUCCUGUGAUGAACGUUGUAAAUCGGAUAAGAAACAACGUAAUUGGCAAUCUAACUUGAGAUGCAAAGACGGUGUGCUCUGUCCUGAACAGGACUUAGAAGAUGGUGAACUUGUUCCGCAUAAUAGAAGAUGCAGAAAGAUUUUGAAAUGUCGACACAGGUGCACCGGCUUACGUGAGGAAAAAUGUCCAGAGCUCUGUAAAAGGUGCGACAGAGCUGCAUUACGAGAAAUAUUUUUCGGAACAGAGGAGGACGAAGAUGCACUUUUUAUUCAACUCAUAGACUGCAGACAUAUAUUUGAAGUAGAAUCAAUGGAUACUUACAUGCAGUCAGAUUCUACCGAAUACUCUGUUAAAGGUAGGGAGGUUGCUUUGAAAAAGUGUCCGAAAUGUGAAACGCCGAUACGGAGAAGUCAUAGAUACCAAAAUAUCAUCAGACAGACACACCAUGAUAUUGAAGAGGUACAUAGAAAGCUAGAGGAAGAGAGAGAUCAGUUACUUUUUGAAAAAUAUGGUAAUAUGGAAAAAUAUUCAGAUUUCAUAGCCCGUAUCCUCCAUUUAGAAUCAAAUGUAUGUGAAAGUCAAAAUCUUAAAACUGUUUAUCUCAAAUAUAUUUUGGGAGUAAAGUCACGGAACAAUAAGCUUCGGGCAUGUUCUGAAUUAUCUACACAUCCGGAAAUAAGGAAUUCAAAUCUUGUCAUAAUUAGAUGGAUUUUUAAUCAUGCCAACACCAUUUUUACCCAAAUUGAACUCGAACAAUUUACCGAUGAGGUAGAGAGGUAUGUGUUGUAUGCAGACCUUAUUCUAAUGAAAAAUCAAUUAGAUAGCCUAUGUCUAGAAAAUAUAUGUCAAACUGACAGAGACCUCCUUGAGUCUCAGAUAACCAAGCUGCGGUGCCCUGAUGGUGACACAUUCGAUCGUGAAGACAUUGUUAUAGCCACGUCAGUGUUUGAUGAACUGAAAAGAAAAGCUCCCUCCUCCUCUGUGCAGUGUUCUGAAGAACCCAGAAGAAUUUAUGUAAAUAAUGUUGCAUACAGAAAGCAUGGACAGUGGUUCAAAUGUGAAAGUGGACACAUUUACAUCAGCGCUGACGGCGCCACUGCAGAUUGUCCAGAAUGUCGACCAGUGCAAUCUGACCCUACCCACGACCCGCAAGACGAUGGUACAUUGAGGAUCGAAACACUCCGAUCCGCAGGGGAUUGUGCAGAAAGCGACUAAUUUAACUGAAAUGUGAUGCAAGGGAUGGUUCGCUGCACCUUAAAACAAAAUUUGAAUAUUGGCAUCAGAUUCAAGGACAACACCACCUGAAAGACACCCAAUGCUGUGAUUUGCUAGUGUGGAUUCCUAGUGACACUCAAAUAAUUCACAUUGACAAAGAUGUAUUAUGGUCAACCUUUUAAGUGUGAUAGAGUUUAAUAAUAAUAAUGAAGUAUUUUUGCAGUCUAAAACACACACACACAUAACCACAUGUACAUAUACUUUAUUAUGAUAUCAGUGGUGCAUCUAUCAAAGUUAUGUAAUUACAUGUAUAUUUAUUGAAUAAACAUUAUAGACAGA